AGAUACCAUGCGCGGGGCUGAGAGGCUGCAGUUCCAGCUCCAGGGCAGCCUCAGGGUCUCUGACGCCGUGCUGGCAACCGUGAAGCAAGAAGGUCAGCCGCGUGGAAGGCGAUGAUUCGUGCACUUUUGCUGUGCUGUCUGGUGUUUCUUGUGCCCGCAGAGCCCUGUAGGAAGCUGUGUCAGGCCACCAGUAACAGCAAGAAGGAGUCUGCCAGGUCUCAAGGGGUGUGUGAUGGCAUCUGUGUGUCCGGUUCCCACUGCAGCCAGCCAUGCCCUCCGGGCACUGAGGGAAGCAUGGGGUUUGCCUGCAGGAAGCAGCAAUGGCACAAGGUCACUGAUACCUGCUGUACCCUUAAUGCAUUCAACAUCUUUGAGCAGGACUUACAGUCUGCCCGCCCCUUUGGAGGAGGUGAAAAGGUGAAUGAAUACGCCGGGAAUGCAGAGACCAUCUCCGACAAACUAAUGCAGAGGUGCCCGACGGAUCUGUCCUGCGUGAUUAGGAACAUCGAGCAGUCACCCCGGCUGCCAGGGAACAUCGCGUUCAUCGUGCAGCUGUUGCGCAACAUAUCCACGGCUCUCAUGGCAGGUGUGGAUGAGGCGCAGAUGCACAGCUACAGCUCCAUGGCCAACCACGUUCUGAACAGCAGGAGCAUCUCAAACUGGACCUUUAUCCCAGAAAGAAACAGCAGCUGCGUCCUGCUCCACUCAGUCAACUCUUUUGCAAGAAAGCUGCUGGUAAACAAGAGUCUCAUCAACAUAUCAAAUACCUUCAUCCAUACAAUGGGCUCCAUCAUAGCUGCAGAUGGUGAAGGGAAGAAUUUCACUUUCUCCAUGAGAAUCAAUGACACCAGCAGGGCAGUUACUGGCAAGGUUUUGGUGGGCAGAGAGGAGCUGCAGAUGGCACCUUCCACUAUUAAGAUCGUCAGCAUUGCCUUUCCCACGCUUGGGGCCAUCUUGGAGGCCAGUCUUUUGGAAAAUGUCACGGUGAAUGGCCUUGUCCUGUCUGUCAUCUUGCCCCCAAAACUUAGAAGAAUCUCACUUCUUUUUGAAAAGAUCAGCAAAUCAGAGGAGAGGAAGACCCAGUGUGUGGGCUGGGACCACCUGGAGAGCAGAUGGGUUGGCCACGCCUGUGAGAUGGUGGAAGAGAGCCCCCAACACGCUCUCUGCCAGUGUCAGCCAAGCAAGCUGGUCACUUCUUUCUCCAUUCUCAUGUCGCGCCACACCCUGGUGAGCCCGGUACUGACUUAUAUCACCUACAUAGGCUUGGGCGUUUCGAUUUGCAGCUUGAUCAUUUGCUUGUCUAUUGAGGCUCUGGUUUGGGGUCAGGUGACAAAGACCGAGAUCUCCUAUUUACGUCACCUGUGCAUUGCCAACGUGGCAGCCACCUUACUGAUGGCAGAUGUGUGGUUCAUUGUGGCUUCCUUUCUUAGUGGUCCAGUGACACACCACAACGGAUGUGUGGCGGUGACAUUUUUCGUUCAUUUCUUUUACCUUUCUGUGUUUUUCUGGAUGCUCGCCAAGGCGCUCCUUAUCCUCUAUGGAGUUUUGAUUGUUUUCCACACCCUGCCUAAGUCAGUCCUGGUGGCUUCUCUCUUCUCAGUGGGCUACGGGUGCCCUUUGAUCAUUGCUGUUAUCACAGUCAGUGUCACUGAACCUGGCAAAGGCUACCUGCGGCCCGAGGCCUGCUGGCUCAACUGGGACAUGACCAGGGCCCUCCUGGCCUUUGUGAUCCCAGCUCUGGCCAUCGUGGUAGUAAACUUGGUCGCCAUCACAUUGGUGAUCAUCAAGACCCAGAGAGUUGCCACUGGCAGCUCCAUGUUUCAGGAAGUGCGAGCCAUCCUGAGAAUCAGCAAGAACAUUGCCAUCCUCACGCCCCUGCUGGGACUGACGUGGGGCUUUGGGAUAGCCACGAUCAUCGACAGCAGCUCACUGGUCUUCCACAUCAUCUUCUCCUUGCUCAAUGCAUUCCAGGGCUUCUUCAUCCUGGUGUUUGGAACAAUCCUGGACCCGAAGAUCCGAGAAGCCUUGAAGGGUCGAGUAACCUCUGCGAAAUGGAACUCCAGGGUGUCGGAGAACCUUUCUUCCAAUUUCUCCCGCCACCCCACCAAUGGGCCGAGCUAAGAGCCCAGCCUGCAGCCCGACUCGGAGGUCGCUCACCGGGGAAUGGCAGCACCUGCAGGAGGAGCAUGCAGACUCCUGCCUUCCCACCCCGCUGUGGAGCAGUGGAGAGGGAGGAGUGCAGGAGGAUGGAGGCCACCAGACAUUCCCUGCCCACCACCUGUAAAUGACUACAUCGCCCUGGGUGUCCGAGCCGAGACAGAGUGGACCUUUCCCAAGAGCAGGACUGCGGCAGGACCGCGGUCGCCUCAGCGCCUCCGCCUCCACACUGAGGGUCUCGUUCGUCCUCAGGAAGAAGCUCGGGUUUAUCUUUGGCCGAAGUGGCCUGGGAUGUCACCCAGCUGGAUUCCAUGGCUCGUGGAGGGAGAGGCUCACAAAUAGGCCCGGAGGAUUGAGAGUUGGGUGGCCUAAGUAGGUCACUGCUGGCUCCUUUGAUGCUAGAAGCCAACUGCCAGUGUCUUCCACUCUGUCAGAGUUAAGCUGCUGGUUUGGGCUCUGAUGCCACAUCUUUGGCCACAAGUCGUGUGCAAACCAUACAGCCGUAGAACCUGAAAAGAUGCCUAUUUUAAGUCGUAAGAAGAUGAAAACCCAGAGAUGUGAGUCACAGCUAGUCAAUAGCUGAGCAAAGGAGGAGGAAAUGCAUUCUGCUCCUCUCAGCUCCUGACCCUCUCUCUGCCAGGCCAUGUGGCCUCGGGAAGCAUUCUGCCCACACUCCCUGAAACCAACAGUGCGUGUGUUUGAGGUCCAGGGUGGGGAAGGGGAAAUAUUAUGUUUCAAGUACAAAGCUGCUCAUUUUCAUAGCUGUGCCUAUUAACAAUCGGGCAUUCAAAGCAGGUGUCACCUGAUAGAGAAGCAUGUAGCUGACUUACAGAGCCAUACACAGUAGCUGCCACUGCCAGGAGCUGGGAGAGAAGGUCAUGGGGUAGGGGAGAACCCUAAUGUCCUAUCCAGAUGCCAUAUGCCCCAAGGGAAAUUGAGGUCCCUCCGUGGAUGGGCGGGGCCUCUCCGUCUCCGUCUCCGUCUCCCUCUCCCUCUCCGUCUCCCUCUCCCUCUGCAUCUUCCCCUGCACAGGAUCUUUUUUCUAAGUAGCGAAGUGUGAGAAGGCAAAGGUACAAUAAAGAGAGCAAUCAGAAGGUAGGGAGAUCCCUGCCCGGGGACAAGAGUUAUCGUUCCAGAGGUGUCGCCCCCAUGGGACGGCAGUGUAGUUCCCAGACAGAGCCCAAGAGUGGGCUCAGCCUGCCAUUCAUCAGCGCUUCCACAGGUCUCCCGUGUGGGCACAGCUCUGGCUCCUCCUGGGGCACAGAUUUCAGCACAGAGAAGAGGCACAAAGCCAGCACCCUGCAGUGAGUGCGGGGUCUUUGGAAGUGAGCCAGUGAGGGGAUCGUGCAUGGGAGGGUCCAGCUGUCCCACGGUAGGGUGAGCUUUGAGCACUGGGACAGGGAGGACCUGGCCUGUGGCCGUGCUGGGCAGAAAUCUCACAGCUCUGUUCUACCCACUCCCCCAAGCAGGAGCGGGGAUGCCACAGCGAGGCUCCCUGCUAACAAGGGAGGCCCAGGCUGCUAACAGGAAAUGCCUUGAAGAAGCCUUGCCCUCACUCCCAUGGCCCCAACCCACUCUGUUCUGUCCCACAGUGACUGCUGGGUCACGCUGACCUGAUGAUCCUCAGCAGCCACAAAGGGGCCCCU